UUCGCACCAUGACAAUUACUUCAACAAACGCAUGCGGCGAACUUUAAAUAUAUAUUUGGGUAUAUUUAAACUCCUACCUGAGUUAAAUGUGAGGUAUUAAGGUAGGAAAAUGUCCGUCGAAUUAGAUCCAAACCGUGGACCCCUAACUCUUCAUCAUGACAAAUUUUGACAACUAUAUUGUACACCAACUUAAGGAUCUACAGGACCUACGCACACGUAACUUUGAAGGAAUUUUAGCAUCACCAAGAAAUUUAGGACAAGCCCCUGCCCAGCCCCUUAUCUGGCAGGAUUUUAGGUUCAAAGGUUAUCCUGACAAAUCUUUCCAGGCCCCUAAAGUCCCGAAGUAUAAGCGUCUGUCAAUAGACUUAAUGAAUACAGAACGGGACGACCAGUAUUUUGGCAAAACCACACAUUUUGAUACAGCAAAGAAGAACAGAGCUUUAACUUGGAGACCUAAUGAAUACAAACCACAUAAUUUACUGAAAAGAAAAUCAGGAAAAGUAGCUAAGAGUGAUAUUGUUUACAUAAAGUCUUACAAAGGAGACAAGUCUAAGUUUGAAAGGAGAGCCAGUCCUAAAAAGGCAUGGCACUCUUUUAAAGAAAAUGUGUCCCCAUUUAGCCAGAAAUCGUCAGCAAGGAAAAAUCAAUCAUCACAACAGAAUCCCUUAAAGAUAUCUCCCCAUGUGGAUGAUAAAACAGAACAGUAUCCAAUCAGAGACCCUUUAGGUACCUUGACGGACCGUUCUGAAAAUCGUAGAUACUACAUAAGAGAUCCCUACGGAGAUUUGACGGAGGAACAUAAAUAUAAGCUCCAGAGGGAGAUGCGAGAUAUUGAGGAGGAUAGAAAACAAAGAGGUAUCAUAGAUAAACUUCGGACUGAAGAAAGACAAGAGGAGAGGCAAAAGUUCUAUGAAGAUCUAUACAGACAAAGACAGGAUAAGGAAAUGUUAACAAACUAUUAUCCAUGGGGUAAACCGGGAGGAGGGGCACCGAAACCUGAUAACAGAAAACAGAAGUUUUUAGAAACAGAUUUUGAAGGAAGUCCAACACCAAGUUAUAGAGAAAGAAUGAUCAGUAGAUCACUGACUGCAGGAGAAUUAGAUUGGAUAACUAGCAUGACUAGAUACAAACAGCAACAGGAGCUUAAAAUUCAAGAAGCUUUGGAAAAAGAUAGACAAGCAGUAGAGGAACGUUUCCGGUAUAAUGAAGACAGGGGAGAGCAGGAAAGAUACCAUCAAGAAUUAGCAAAACAGAGAAAUGAUCAAGAAUUACGUAGACAAGAGGAUAGAUUAGAUAACUUACAGAGAGAAUUGGAAACGGUAAAUUUGAAAACUGACCAGUUUGGAAAGCCAGGAGGAGGAGCUCCAAAUAGAAAUACUUCAGACUCAUUCACAGAAAGAAGAGAGCCAAUGCCAAGUAUGGAGUCACCCAGAAGAGGUAAUUGGACAGUACCAAAUUAUAUUUCUGCUCCGGCCACAUAUAGAAACAACAGCUAUGAUGAUAUAGGCAGAUCAAUGAACGCUGCAGAAAAGUUAACGAGGGUCAACAGGGAGGUGCUGCCUUUAUACCACCCAUUUGGUAGGUCAGGAGGAGGUGCUCCAGUCAAAGAUAAUCGUGGGAAAAUUGUUACACAGCUACAGGGAAAUCUAUUAAUGGAGAAUUACAAAUAUCAGGAUAGUUCGUAUGAUGAUAAUGCUAGAAAAAGGGCAAGAGCUAAAGAAUACUAUGACUUCUUGAGAGGUCAGGAAGAAGAACAAAGAAGAAACAAGCAAGAGAUAGAAUGGCACAUGAAAGCCCCUAUUGGAGAAUUAGCUUCUAUAAUGGGGUCUAAAAAUGUAGGCAAGCCAGUUAAAGACCCCUACACAGGUGAACUUAGAAAUCAUCAUCUGGGUAACUCUGAUGUCACAUUACAGAAAAUGAACUAUCAACCAAAAGCUGAAACAGAAAAGAAGAAAUAUCAUGAAGAUUUGUCACAGUUAGCAGAUGAGAGAAUGAGAUACAGACAGUUGAACAGGCUAAAGGAAAAUCAGGAGGGCAUGCUGCAUCAACAUACGAUGGACGCAAUGUGGGGAAGACCGGGAGGCGGAGCUCCGAAGGGAUACAAUCUCCGCAAAUUCAAUCUGGAAUCCACACUUCAUCACCCAACAAAAGAUCAGACAACUGAAGAAUAUAUAAAAAAGAAGGACUGGUCACAAGUUCCACAAGAGGGUAAUCCAUUUAGUCAAAAUGAUGAUAAUUACAGUCCUAGAUUUCAACCUAAUAAGUAUGUUAGAAGCACCAUACAAAGCACUCAUGCCAAUUUAUAUGAAUAUCCAGAACAUCUCAAGGACAAAAAUUAUGCACUGAGUGAACCCUAUGCCACUUAUUAAAAAAGACUUUUGUUGUUACCAUAGAAAUAGAAAUGAUGUGAUUCUCAGGAGAACAGACAGUAUUGCACAAUCUUUUGUCAGAUGUCUUAUUCAUUUUACUUAUAAAGUAUUAUAUUAUUGUAUAGAGCAUGUUCAGAUUAUAAGUAAAUUAUGCAACUUUAUGGGGAUCUUUAUAAUUGAUAAUUAUAGUGGUCUCCAUUAUCUGAAAGCCUUUUGCAAAGGUCAUACCUUUUCAAGGUCAAUUUAAUUUUCACAUUUUUCUUGAAUGAAUACAAGGGGACAAUAAACUACCUAAAAUUUCAAAAAAUUAAAAUAUGAGCGAAAUAUAUAUUACUUACGAUGAGGAAUAUUUAAAAGACUCUUUUGAUGUUUCAUUCAUAGAUACAUUGAGCUGUAUCAUCUACACAAAAAGGAUCAUUGUGGAUUGCUGCAUGAAAAAUCAUUGUUUUAAAUUUGUUUGUUACAUUUGAAGUUUUUUUUUUUGUCUUUGCCCGAUUCGCUUCUCACUUUUCGCAUCAUACUUAUGAGAAGCAUUUUUCAAGCAACGACUUUGUGCACAUAAUUCUUGUUUCAAUAAAUUAUGUUUUUAUCAUCUGUUUCAUAUACCUGUUAAAGCUCAGUUACAAAGGCAUAUUAGUCGUAUGUUAUGUAGUAAAAUGUUCCUACAAGACAGAAUUAAAGUCAAAUUUAACUCAUUUUUUUUUUCAAAAAUCAAAUUUUACUAUCAUUUAAUUACCCCACCCCUACAUUAGUUGAUUAUCACAUGAUUCAUAAGAUUUAAAAGUUUUCAAUGAUCAUGAUCGUGAUCAAACCAUUGUUGAAUUUGUUGAUGAACUUUUGUUGAAAUUUUUAUUGAUCAUGAUUUAUCAGAUAUAAGAUUUGGCCCUGUACCAAUGUUGAAGUUAUUGAUUGCAACUAUGUUACAGAUUGUUGAAAGGUAUUUGUGGUAUUUGGGUUAUAAUAAUUGUAAAUAGUAUCAUAAUGCACUUAUGUUUUGUUCAAUUGUUGACCAGUCCAGUUACCCAUUGUCUUUUUAUAUAUUGUACAUUUUUAUCUAUUUAUUUAAUCAAAAAUCUUCAGUGUCAGCUGUGAUGUCUUUCUCGUCAUUAUGUGAUACUUAUAUUGUGAAAUUUUAUUUUUACAUGUUAAAUUUUUUUUUCUAUAUGUUUUAGACGGAUAUUGAUUUAAAAAUAAAUAUUUUAUGUGCUUUGAUACCAUUUUAAUCUUUAUCUAUGCAGUUGGUGAUAUUUUGUUGUGACUUUGAAUUCCAGUUAUUUAUUUUUUUUAUGUAUAUGAAGUAUGCAAUUUCAACCAUAUUUUAAGAAAAAAAUGUUAAGUUAUUUUUUUUUAAUCUGCACAUUCCAUUGACAAAUUAAAAUGAAUUCUUCGAGGGUGAUUAUGAAACAAUAUUUUGAUAAUUAAUGACAGUAUGCAUUGAUAAAAUUCCAGAUUUUAUAACAUUAUCUGUUUUAUAGAUAAGUUCUAGUCAACUUUAAUGAAAUUUCCGAUUUUACAACCAAAAUAAAUUUUCAUUGUUCAAAUUGAUUUUAUUCUAGAUUUUAUUACCUUGAGUACCAGUAAUCAGUACCUUGACUAAAAUGCAGUCUUUUGAAAUGGUCCAGUAAACUUUUUUUUUAUAUAAAUGUGAUAUAAUGUUCUAUAUUCCGUCCAUCAUUGUUUCUACUGUUUUUGUUAGUUAUAGAGAUCUAUGUAUACCAUGUUAUGUGUACAAUAAAAGUUCUAUUUAAACCUG